AUGCAUUCGAUCAUCUAUACAGGGGUGCUCUGCGCCUUGGCCGCACCAACAAUGGGCAUUGUUUUGGAAGAUUUACCAGGAGUACCAAAUGGCUGGUCAUUUGCCAAUGAACCUCCAGAUGACUCAACCAUAUCGCUGUCCAUCGCCCUUGGACGUCAAAAUCUGGACCAGUUGAAAUCAAGACUGACCAAUUUGUCAACACCUGGCUCCGCAGAAUAUGGAAAGUGGCUCGAGAAGGAUGACAUCGAUUCCCAAUUUCCAAUUGUUGACAAAGCACCUGUUGUUAAGUGGCUCCAGCAGGCGGGAAUUUCAGAAAUCGCCGGCGGUCGUGCCUUGCUCAACUUCACCGGCAGCGUUGACAACGUCAACCGAUUGCUCAACGCCAGCUUUGCAUACUACCAGAAUGGGGAUUCGAAGAACUAUAUCGACAUCAUCUCACCUACCGUUUACUUCGGAAAGGCCCAGGGUGCCGCUCCAGUGAGCUCAAAGUCAAGCCAAGUACAAGGUCAAAAAGGUUCCUCCACAGAGGUUUCGCCGUCAUGCCAAACUUCAAUCACACCUUCAUGUUUAAAGGAGAUGUACAAUAUCGGCGACUAUGUCCCGGAUCCUGCAGCUGGGAGCCGCAUUGGAUUUGGUAGUUUUCUCAACCAGUCUGCUCAAAAGUCCGACCUAGAGGCGUAUGAGGCUCUCUUCAACAUACCGUCGCAGAGCUUCACCGUGGAGACAAUCAAUGGCGGCCUGGACAACCAGAAUGCUCUUGGUAGUGAGGUGGGCGAGGCAAAUCUGGAUGUUCAGCUAAUCAUCGCCGUUGCCCAUCCUCUCCCAGUCCAUGAGUUCAUCACUGGCGAUGUUGCACCUUUCAUUCCAGAUGCCGAUGAACCGACAGAAGCGGAUGGUUCAAAUGAGCCAUACUUGACAUACUAUGAAUACCUGCUUUCGAAAGAAAAUUCCGAUUUGCCUCAAGUCAUCUCUAACUCAUAUGGCGAUGAUGAGCAGGUAAGUCAUGCAAUAAACCAAGAUCGAAAAACAAUCUCUGAUUAUUUGAAGACUGUACCAGAGAAGUACGCCAGACGAGUGUGCGAUUUGAUCGGCUUAAACAGUCUGCGUGGGAUGAGUAUCAUUCACUCUUCUGGCGACGAAGGCGUUGGCUCAGCUUGCCAAGCCAGUGACGGUGUCACUCCCCAAUUCAACCCGAUUUUCCCAGCAACCUGUCCCUACGUUACAGCUAUAGGUGGAACCUCCGGCGUUGCCCCCGAAGUUGCCUGGAAUGCUUCAUCCGGUGGUUUUUCCAACUACUUCGCCCGGGCGUGGUACCAGGAAUCGGCCGUGAAGCAAUAUUUCACUCAAGUUACCUCCGAGACCAAGGAUUAUUAUUCUAAUUUUGCGGACUUCGAAGGUCGUGGGUAUCCGGAUGUAUCUGCCCACAGCUUGUACCCCGACUACGAAGUGAUCAAUCUCGGAGAAAAGUCUGCCUCGGGAGGUACAUCUGCUGCUGCGCCUACCUUUGCUGGAAUCGUCGGCCUCCUCAAUGAUGCCCGCCUACGAGCCGGAAAGCCUGUUCUUGGCUUCCUGAACCCGUUCCUGUACUCACAGGGCCAACAAGCACUGAACGACAUAGUCGACGGCCACUCAUAUGGAUGUGGCGGCAUCAAUCCUCAAACCCAAAAGGCUGUCAGCGGCAGUCUGAUAAUACCUGGUGCUUACUGGAAUGCGACUAAAGGCUGGGAUUCAGUGACUGGUCUCGGAACUCCCGACUUUCAGAAAUUGAAAGAUCUGGUGCUGGCCCUGUGA